AUGGCGACCUCAACCUCGUCCCCGCUUAAGAAGCCAGUGACGCUGGCAUGCAUCCAGCUUGCCAGCGGUGCGGACAAGACGGCCAACCUUUCGCAUGCGCGCGACAAAGUGCUCGAAGCCGCAAAGGGCGGCGCCCAAAUUAUCGUGCUGCCCGAGUGCUUCAACUCGCCCUACGGCUGCGACUACUUCCCUUCGUACGCCGAGACGCUGCUCCCGAGCCCUCCUUCUAAAGACCAGUCGCCAUCGUACCAUGCCUUGUCGUCCAUGGCAGCCGAAGCCAACGCCUAUCUCGUCGGCGGCUCGAUCCCGGAAGCCGACCCGGACCUAGCGAGCAAAAAAUACUACAACACGUCUUUGAUCUUCGGGCCCGACGGGAAGCUCCUCGCGAGCCACCGCAAGGUGCACCUCUUCGACAUCGACAUCCCGGGCAAAAUCACGUUCCGCGAAAGCGACGUGCUGUCCCCCGGAAACAAGGUGACGCUGGUGGACUUGCCCGAGUACGGGAAGAUCGCCGUGGCCAUCUGCUACGAUGUGCGGUUCCCCGAGCUGGCCACCAUCGCCGCGCGCAAGGGUUGCUUCGCGCUGAUCUACCCGGGCGCCUUUAACACCACGACAGGGCCACUGCACUGGCGGCUGCAGGGGCAGGCUAGGGCCAUGGACAACCAGUUGUACGUGGCCAUGUGCAGUCCAGCAAGGGACACGACGGCUACCUACCACGCGUGGGGACAUAGUCUGAUUACGGAUCCUAUGGCUACGGUGCUGGUUGAGGCUGAGGAGAAGGAGGCUAUUGUAAGCUGGAAGCUGGAUGGGGCCAGGAUUGAGGAGACGAGGAAGGGGAUCCCCCUUUCGGGGCAGAGGAGGUUUGAUGUUUACCCUGACAUCAGCGAAGGGAAAGUGCGGUUUGAUGAGGAUAAUGUGCCGAGUUAG